AUGGCUAAAGGCACUGGAGAUCCAAGGGUGAGAUUGUCCAUUGACAUUGCACCAAAGUUUUUCUGGCUUCAGGAUUUCCUAGGGUUUGACAAAGCAAGCAAAACCCUUGAUUGUGUUAUUUUCAUUAGAGAACUGGUUGAAGAAACAAAUCAGGCCUCAUCUGAUGAAUCAAAAAUGAAAUUUCUGGAAACUAUAAUUGGAAAGAAAGAGUCAGUAGUCGAGUGUGUUGAUGGCAAAAAGAUGAAAACCAGGCGAAAAUGCAAAGCUGGAUUUGGAGUGAAUAAUGCUGCAAGAGACCAGUCAAGAGCAGAGGCAAGAGCAAGAGCAAAAAUUGGAGUUAAGAAGCUUGAUGAUGACGUCGAAUUAGUUCCUGAUUCAAAGCUCUAA